CAAGAACCUAAGCGGGGCGCUGGGGCUUUAAAUGGCUGUUUGCACCCUCGGGCACCCAGUUAAUAAAACACCCACGUCAGCACAGCACUCCGUCUCUCUCGCCGGGUUUCGGUCUUUAGGGCUGAGCAGGAAGUGGCUGACUGUGGACCCUGGACGAGAGGAAAAGGCAAGAAAAAAAACAGGAAAUUAAAAAAUGGACAUGGUGACGGAUGUGGGGACGAAUCGGCUCUAUCGGGCGUCGGGUGAAUCCAACCACCAGCAGCCUCAGAGAUGGUUCAACACGGCCGACAUCACAGUGGCUCACCAGACCAGCCUACUGAAGCAGCUCAACCAACAGAGGCGUCAGGAGCUCUUCUGUGACUGCAAUGUGCUGGUGGAGGGCCACCUCUUCAGGGCCCACCGCAACGUCCUGUUCGCCAGCAGCGGCUACUUCCGUAUGCUGCUCUCCCAGGGCUCCGACGGCAUGUCGGACUCUGUGAACGCCACGUUUGACGUCUUCAGCCCUGAGACGUUCACUGUCAUCCUGGAUUUCAUUUACUCAGGCCAGCUGGACCUCUCCAGUCACAACGUGAUUGAGGUGAUGUCCGCAGCCAGUUACCUGCAGAUGAACAAUGUCAUCAACUACUGCAAGAAUUUCAUAAAAUCCUCUCUAGACAUCAGUGCAAAAGAUGAGGACAGCGAUCGCUGCCACAGCUUGUCGGAGACCUGCAGCUUUACCAGCGGAGCUGGAGAGGAGACCGGAGAGCAGCAACAGCAGCAGCAUGCAGACUCACGUUCUGUCAGUCCACCGCCAGCACUUUGGACCAGGGAUAGCUCCAGAUCCCAGUCUAGCUACAUGGGGAAGGACUUGGAGCAAGACAUUUCAGCAUUGAAGACUAACCCCAGCAGUCCUGCCAAUGAGCUCAACACAGACAUAGAGGACCCACAGGACCCGUUGUACACAUUGCCAGUGUCUGAGCGGCGGCGUUCCAGAGGUGCGAGUAAAAGAAAGGCGGCCAACAGCAACCGCUCCAACCAGAAUGAAGACCUGGACAUCCAGGAGGCGAGAACACAAAAGGCAGAGAAGGCAGAGGAGCUUUAUAACAAUUUACCACCGAUUGUGGGUGUUAUUGGACACUUUAACAAAGAGUCCAACCCCAUCAUGCGCUUCAAAUGCCCCUUCUGCACACACACGGUGAAGAGGAAGGCGGACCUGAAGCGUCACUUGCGCUGUCACACGGGCGAGAGGCCGUAUCCCUGCCAGGCCUGCAAUAAGCGCUUCACACGCCUGGAGCACCUACGCAGCCACUUUGAGACAAUUCAUCAAGCCAGGAAGCUGGUGUGCAGAAAGUGUAAGUGUCCGGUGACGGAAGAGACGGGGCACGUGGUGUGUGAGGGUACAAGACGCUUCCGCAUGUGCUCCACAUGCAUCCAGGAAGUAGGCUGCGACAGUAUGCCCAUGGACACUCUGGAAGGAACCAACGAGGAGCCGGCUCUGUUGUUGGGCGUGGACGGUGAGGAGGAGGAGAGUAACAGGGCCUGGAUGGCUACAGAUGACGACGACCUGGCAGAGGACUCGGGGGCUGACCUCAUCAUUCAACAAGUGGAUGACAGCGAUGAGGAGCUGCAGUGAUAUUGGACCAAAGUGUGUGUGUGUGUUUGCUUUGGAGUGUGUGUGCGCAGAGGCAUGUGCAAAUAUUGACUGUGGGUGAGCAUGUUCAAGCCAUACCUGAGAAUGUAUGCGUUAAAUAUGUCAUCCCUUAAAUAUACUGACAGUCAAUAGAAGCGUUGAGGUAGAAAUGUAUGCAUAUUUCUACUUGUAGGAGGGUUGUAAUACUACUUUGUGGAUUUAUUCUUGACUUAGUGCUCGGGUAGUCGAUUUAAUAUUGCAGAACUGCACCAAAAUACACAUUAAGUCUGCAUUAUUUGAGGAUUGGUUUUGGAGGCCUAUAUAAAGGCCAGUAUUGUUAGUGCAGUGAACAGCUAUCACAUGAAUGUCUCCGUGAACUGCUACAAUGGAGGACAGUUUGAGCUACAGUGACAUAGCCCGGCAUACGGGCUGUUCCCAACCCACGAACAAAACCUGGCACGAACGCCAUAACACGACAGGUUCUGUUGACGCUAGACCGCGUCCAUGGUGAGAGAGAGUGACAAUUCCCGACAAGGAUGGCUGCGGGACAGGUUGUUCCUGCACGGGAAAACACCCGGCAGGAACAACAACCGGAUCAACGGCCAACGCUGUAUUGACUGUUCUGACUUUUUGUUUGGCAGCUGCCAUUUUCUUUUCAAUUUUUUGUAUUGAAAUCAUUCUUGAAACAUUAGAUUUUUGUUUCUCGAUGCCAAUAUGACUCAAAAAAAAAAUGACUCAAGUUAGGUUUAUUUAUCACAAAAGAGUCUCAAAGGGCUUUAAAGGCUGACAACAAUCGACGCCAUCCCCGGAUCUGAACCCCCAUCCGGGCAGGGAAAAUCUCAAAACCCUAUUUGGGGGAAAACAAGGAACCUUGAGAAGUUUCAAAGUUUCUAUUGACUGUCAGUGUAUAUACCUUUAUUAUACAGUAUGGAUUUACUAUCUUAUUACCCUGUAAGCUUAAUAACUGGCUGAUCACUAUUUAAAAGAGAUUGUUUUGUACUUUUGUGACAAGCUCCUUUGUUAAGUCUUAUCACGCAUAUGCAGUAUCCAAAGCAUGCAUCCUAAGUGUUUUCUUUGCUUUGUAUAAGUGUUAUAAUAUGACAUGAGUUUAUAUAAUGACUUUUCAACACAGUCAGCUUUGGUAAAGGUUGGCACUUGAGCAAGACAAAAUAAGAAGGAAUGAAUAAUGGAGGACUCAAUGAUUUUCAUUUUCUACCCAUGUCUUGCUCAUUUUGUUCACUUAAAUAUGCACUAUGAUGUACAGCCAAUUAUAAUUUAUUUAUCUUUUUUUUUACCU